UGCAAGUGGAACACGAUAAGUGGAAUCUCAGAGCCGUUGACAGUGGACUGAUAUAGCAGCCUUCUAGACCACGACCAAUCCAGGUACGUACUAAUGCGAUUAUACCGAAACAUCGCUCUCGCCGUCGCCGUUGCCGUCGCCAUUGCCGUCGCCCAAAGUCUGCUACUAUUAUUGUGCUUGAUAUCAUAUUACCAUUCUCUGCUUCCUGUAGGAUCGUGAUGCUCCAGCAUCGAUUGCUUCCAUCAUCAUAUGUCACACUUGGCCUUCAUGUCUGGAACUGCCUAGGUGGAAGGCCGAAUCGGGACGGACGCUUCUUCGAUGAUCGACCUCGAGCAGUGUCGCCAUGAAUGAUCGACAUGGCUUCUUCACUGCCCCGCCGCACCUUCCCUGGCCUGACUGGGAUGAUGCGAAAUGUGAAAUGUGCAAUAAUAUGAAAAGUGCGCUGGGCGCACCCUCGACACGCAACUCACCGCGUGGGUUGUUUUUUUGGGCGGGAGGGCAUGGCGUGGCAUGGCGGUCGGUAAUAAUUGUGGCCGGUCAUGUCCCCGUCCAGUACAGCGCCAACCACGAUCUGGUCCGUGCGGCAGCAUCGCACCAUCGCACCAUCUGCACGACCUGCAGCACCACCAGACUUGCACCUGCCUUGAUCGAUUCUACUGACAGACAUGGACAGGAUUGGCAGUCACCACCUGCAAGUUGCCAACAGAGUGGACAAACAAACAAACGGAGACAGUUCCUUCCCCACAGAGAAGCUGCACCGUCACCGUCACCGUCACCGUCACCUCCGCUCUGUCCACGUGCUCCCGAGCGUGUUCUGCUCUGCUCCGCUCUUUCCUGCUCAAGGUGCUCUGCUCUUUCCUGCUCUUCCGCAUUAACGCCUGACGUAUGAGCUUCAAGUCCGGUCAUCUCCGCCAACCAUCCACCAAUCAUAUCCCCGGCUUUCCUUGCAGCGUUUAAUUCCCCCCAACUCAAACUCAACGCAGGCAGCUUCCAUCUCAAGGUUCCCUCUUGCUUGACGCAUCAUCUAUUACUGC